AUGUCGAAAGUCAGCGUUAAGACAACCUUCGAGGCGUCGCGCACACUACGCCCCAUCUACACCGGAGGCAGCACAUCUCUCGAUGCCAGUGGCCGUCUACUGGCAACCAGCGUGGGUGAAGAUGCGCUCAUUCUCGACCUGAAGACGGGCGACCAGCUGGCCAGUCUGGAAGGAGAUGGAGAACUGGUGACAAGCCUGGCGAUAACCCCGUCGGCCUCGCACGUGAUUGUCUGCUCGCGAUCCAUGUCGAUGCGCAUUUAUUCCUUGACACCCUUCGAUGAAGAAACAGGAACAAUUGAGGCGCAGCUUCUGAGGACUCUGAAACCACACACAUCUCCUGUCGUCACCACAGCGAUAGACUCGACCAGUACACUGCUGGCCACAGGAGGUGCAGACGGGUCUAUCAAAGUGUGGGACAUCCGAGGAGGCUACAUUACGCACACAUUCCACGGCCAUGGAGGUGUCAUUUCAGCACUAUGUUUCUUUGAGGUAUCUGCGCCGAGCCAUGAGACCACUGAGACUGCCGACCAGAAGAAGAAAUCGCGACGGAAAGGUGGGAAGCGGGAAGACACGGAGAUGGAGGAUUUUGAUCCUACACAAUCGUCUGCCUCGACGGCUGGAUUCCGACUGGCAUCCGGGGAUGAGGAGGGCAAAGUGCGUGUGUGGGAUCUUCACAAGAGAAAGUCUAUCACUGCACUGGAAUCUCAUGUUUCUGUUGUCCGAAGCCUUUCCUAUUCGACCGCAGAGAAUGCGCUGCUCUCCGCAAGUCGAGACAAGACCAUAAUUCUAUGGGACGUACGGACGUGGAAAAUUCGUCGGAUUAUUCCGGUCCUGGAGUGUGUUGAAGCGGCCGGAUUCAUCGCCGAUAGUGCUCUUUGCUUCACAGGUGGUGAGAAUGGCAAACUGCGCAUCUGGGAUGGAAACAGAGGAGGCGAGGUGACCGAGGAGCAGGAAGCAGGCUCAGAGCUUGACGCCAUUAUUGCAACUCAAUACACACCGGGUUUGCCCUUUGUGAUGACCGUUCAUGCCGACCAGACGCUCCGGCUGCACUCGGUAGAACCUCUGGCAAACUACAAGCCUGGGUCUGCUGUAGCGCCACUACCAGUUAUUCGCCGCAUCUCAGGAAAUGAUGACGAGGUUAUUGACCUGGCCUACGUGGGACCUGAUCGGUCGCUGUUGGCCAUGGCGAACAACACAGAGAGUAUCCGAGUCGUCUCUAUGGGAACAUCCGCGCACUCGCAAGGCGAUGCGGCUGGACGUGAUGGGUAUUUCGGCGCGGACGUCACGCAUCUCGAGGGCCACGAAGACAUCAUUAUCUGCCUCGAUGUCGACUGGUCUGGCUAUUGGCUCGCAACAGGCGCAAAGGAUAAUACUGCGCGCCUCUGGCGACUAGAUCCCCAAUCAUCCUCGUACACUUGUGUUGCUGUUUUUACGGGCCAUGCAGAAUCCCUUGGUGCAAUUGCUCUGCCGCGAACACCUCCACCAUCGAGCUCUGCUGCUUAUACUGAUCCGUUGAAUCACCCCCCUGCAUUUCUGCUCACGGGCUCGCAGGACCGGACCAUCAAGCGUUGGGACACAGGCAAAAUCAAGAACCUUCAGUCCUUUACACCACAUACGCCCAAGGCAGUAUAUACUCGGAAGGCCCACGAUAAGGACAUUAACUCUCUUGACGUCAAUCACACGUCUGCGCUGUUUGCUUCUGCCUCCCAGGACCGGACUGUUAAGAUUUGGUCAGCUGAAGAUGGGUCAGUUAUAGGCAUCCUACGGGGCCAUAAAAGGGGCGUGUGGUCUGUCCGGUUUGCUCCUCGAGACACACCCAUUAUCAGCUCGAAUGCGGGCACCAGCACGAGCCGGGGCGUAGUGGCGACUGGUUCGGGCGACAAGACGGUGAAAAUCUGGAGUUUGUCCGACUACAGCUGUCUCCUUACCUUCGAAGGCCACACCAACAGUGUCCUCAAAGUUAUAUGGCUUCCACCUCCGCAGCUAUCUACUGGCGGUGACAAGGAAGGGAAGGAUGAAAUUACAGCCCGACAUGCUGCUGCGGUCCGUCCUCUUGUCGCCUCUGCGGCAGCUGACGGGCUCGUCAAGAUAUGGUCACCUUACACAGGCGAGCUCGAGACUACGCUGGACAAUCAUACUGACCGCGUCUGGGCCUUGGCUUGCCCGACUCCGUCCGGAUCCCGAGCGGAUAUCAAGUCUUCACACUCUGCUGCGAACACCUCAUCUUCUCAAAGCACCAAUCCUAGUGACUCUCCUUAUGCCCUCGUCUCGGGUGCAGCAGACGCCACCGUGACAUUUUGGAAGGAUACUACUUCGGCCACACUUUCCGCCGCCGUUACGGCAAACUCUGCUCGGAUCGAACAAGACCAGCAAUUACAAAACUAUAUCCGUGCUGGAGCAUACCGUGAAGCCAUUACCCUUGCCCUGCAGCUCAACCACCCGGGCCGCCUCCUCUCUCUCUUCACAGCUGCUAUUGAAGAGGCAGAUGAGAAAACCGCCUCUGACAAUGGUGACGAUGAUGACACGGAGAGAAAGAAUAGCAGCAGCUUGACUGGAAGCCCUGCUGUCGACUCAGUCCUGCAGUCCCUCGACCGAGAAAAUCUGUAUCUGUUGCUUCUUCGCGUGCGAGACUGGAACACCAACGCGCGCACGGCUAAGGUUGCGCAACGUAUUCUGUACGCUCUGUUCCGGUCGUACCCGGCCUCGGUGUUCCUCGAGCUCGCCACCUCUCCUCCAGCUUCAAUCUUGAGAAGACGUGGCAAGAAGGGGGCCGACAACAUGGGUAUGAAAGAGAUCCUGAACGCGCUGGCGGCGUACACGGACCGACACUACCGACGGAUCGAAGAGCUCUUCGAUGAGAGCUACGUGAUCGAGUGGAUUCUCGACGAGAUGGACGGUGGUAUGGGGCUAGGCGCCUCAUCAUCGUCGUCAUCUUUUCUUCCCGGAUUCAACAACCAGUCCAAUGGCGACCUCAAUGCAAAUGGAGUAGAAGAGAAGUCCAUACCAGAUCACGAAAAGGAUAUUAUAAUGUUAGAGGCGUAA